UCUACUUUGGUUUAUCUGACCUUUUGGGCAAGGCAAACCAAAGCUCUUUCUUUGCAGUGACAUCACAUCCUCCUUGAUGAUGCCAUAAAUAACAAUGUGACUUCACAGGCCUUGUUUCCAAGAAGGUAAAGGGCUGUUGGGAAGGAAUCCACAGUUGCCAAGGAGUUUCCCUCUAAGCGCGGAAAUCCUAAAGAUCAAGGAUUCGAUGCAAGGUUUGACAUUUGAAGAUCAGAUUUCAUUUUCCAGGCUUUCUUUAAGGCGGGUCUGUUUUCUUUCACAGCGGAGACAAUUUCGUAAGCUUUGGAGCAUGAAUAUUGCUCCUGGGGUUCACAGGGCAGAGUUUGCAGAGAGGAAGAGAGAGGAGCUGAGUGUCCUCAACAUCUGGGUCAAAAAUGUUGGAAAAGGUCAUUCGCUUGGUGACGAUCCGGAAUGAGACGGUCCGGCAAGGUCUGGCAGAGGCCCUGGCAACCUACAUUCUGAUGACGUUUGGCUUGGGCUCUGUUGCCCAGGUGGUGUUGGGGCGGAAGGAGUAUGGGCAGUAUUUGAGUAUCAAUCUGGGAUUUGGAUUCGGCGUCAUGCUGGGUGUCCAUGCCGCGGGUGGAAUCUCAGGAGCUCAUAUGAAUGCGUCCAUCACCUUUGCAAACUGCCUCAUGGGAAGACUUUCCUGGUACAAGUUUCCGGCGUACGUGAUUGGACAGUUCGUGGGCUCCUUUUUGGCUUCCUGUACUGUUUUUGCUCUGUACUAUGAUGCUAUCCAUGAAUAUACGGGAGGAACACUGACCGUCACAGGCCCCACUGCCACCGCAGGGAUCUUUUCCACCUACCCGGCCGCGUACAUGUCUAUCUGGGAUGGGUUUUUUAAUGAGUUCAUUGCCACCACUCUGCUUCUCAUUGGAGUCCUCGCCAUCAAUGACACAAAGAAUGCGGCUGCCCUUCCGGGCACCGGCGCGUUUAUCACGGGACUUCUUGUUGUGGCAAUUGGCAUGUCCAUGGGCAUGAACACCGGCUACGCCAUCAACCCUUCCCGGGAUUUGCCACCAAGGAUUUUCACUGCCAUUGCUGGAUGGGGCCUGGAUGUCUUCCUAGCUGGAAAUUGCUGGUGGUGGGUCCCUAUUGUGGCCCCAACACUGGGGAGCCUGUUUGGAAUCUUCAUCUACAACAUCUUCGUUGACUUCCACAACCGACCUCAGCCAAAGACAGAAUCCAGCCAGAAGAAUGAGUGCAAGAGUGACAGCCUGGACAUUGAUAUCCGGCUGUGAAAGUACAACUCCUGUCCUGGGGACAAUGGAGCAAAGACAGUUUGGGGGUGGCUUUCAGCAGACUAUAAUAUUUUGCAUGUGCCAUUGGACAGCUGUGCACAUUAAUGGAAUAAAUGGAAAUGUUCCUAUUGGACAAGA